AAACGGAUAUGAUAAACCAGCGCUGAAUGCAUCGGAGCAGCAACAACAGUCAGCUCUGACCAUGGCGGAAGAGGACAACGCUAGUAUUCGGAUUUUACAAAGUCUGCGGAGUAAAAUAUGUGAAGCUAAGAAUCUGGGUCCAGUUUCGGGUCCAAAUCGGCAAAGGGAUCUUUGUACAUUUUGUACCAUAAGUCUGGAUCAGGAGGAAGUUUUCCGCACCAAGAUGUCUGACAAAAGUGUCAGCCCUUUUUAUGGAGAAGACUUCUACUUUGAGAUCCCGCGCCCAUUUCAGUGUUUAUCCUUCUAUGUUUAUGCCAAGGGCGUUUUCCAAAGGGACCUACCUGUUGGCAAGGUGUCAAUCCGGAAAGAUGAUCUUUGUAAAUACAGUGGAAAGGAGCACUGGUUUAGCCUUCAGCCAGUUGAUCCUAACUCAGAAGUUCAGGGUAAGGUUCAUUUGGAGAUGCGGUUGAGUGAAAUGAUCACAGAGAAUGGCUCUUCGGUUCAACGGUUACUAGUCCGAAUAAUGGAGUGCAAGGAACUGCCGACGAUUAAUGGCCAGAAUUGUGACUCCUAUGCUACUGUGUCUCUCAACGGACCAGCCAGGUCAGACCAAAAGAAAACUAAGAUAAAGAAGAAAACCAGCAACCCGUCUUUUGAAGAAACCUUCUCCUUUGAGAUCACACGGUCCAGCAGCUAUUCAAAAAAGUCUCAUUUCCAAGUGGAGGAGGAGGACAUUGAAAAGCUUGAGAUCAAAGUGGAGCUGUGGAACAACGAGAACCUGGCUCAAGAUGUGUUUCUGGGGGAAACUCGAGUCCCUGUUAAGAUCUUGCGAAAUGACCACAUCCACAAAGCCUGGUAUCUCCUCCAGCCUAAAGGGAACGGCAGCAAGUCCAAGUCUGAUGAUUUGGGAUCCUUGCGUUUGAAGCUGACCUACAUUGAAGACACGGUGCUGCCCUCUGCCUGCUACACACCACUCCGCAACCUGCUGCUCAAAUCCCCAGAUGUGAAGCCCAUCUCGGCAUCAGCAGCACACAUCUUAGGGGACAUCUGCAGAGAGCGAUAUGAGGCUGUGCUGCCCAUGGUUCGUCUGCUGCUCUACCACAAUCGCUUCGUGCCUUUUGUCUCUGCUGUGGCUGUGCUGGAGCUGGAAAACACUCAGGAGGCUAACACUAUAUUUCGUGGCAACUCACUAGCAACACGCUGCAUUGAUGACAUGAUGAAGAUUGUGGGAAAGAGUUACUUAGCUGUUACCCUGAAGCCUGUAAUAGAUGAGAUUUGCGAAUCCAGCAAAACAUGUGAGAUAGACCCUGUUAAACUAAAGGAAGGCGACAAUGUGGAGGUAAACAAGGAAAACCUUCAGGUUUAUGUACAGAAAGUUUUCUCCUCCAUCACCCAGUCCAGUUCUAGCUGUCCCCCACUCAUGUGUGAUGUCUUCAGGUCUCUGAGACACUUGGCCUGCAAACGCUUCCCAGGUGACCCUCAUGUUCAGUACUCAGCUGUGAGCAGUUUUGUGUUCCUGCGUUUUUUUGCCGUGGCCGUUUUGUCUCCACACUCUUUCCAGCUCCGUUCUCAUCACCCUGAUCCUGAGAUUUCCCGCACGCUCACACUUAUUUCAAAAACUAUCCAGACUUUGGGCAGCUGGGGUAGUUUAUCAAAGAAACUGUCCAGUUUCAAAGAAACCUACAUGUAUGACUUCUUCAAAUCAUUCCAAGAGGACAAGUGCAUUGAAAAAGUUAAAAAGUUUCUUGAUGAAAUUUCCUCCAAUGUCAGCAAAGAGUCCAGUGGACUGGAGGACGCGGUGGUUCUCAAGGAGGGGGAAGUACAGAAACGUACUCAGAGAAAACCUCUCGUCAAGAAAACCUUUCAAAAGAGGUGGCUCCGAGUGACCAACAGGGAGCUCUCCUACCACAAACAUAAAGGAAAAGAGGCCCUCUGCACCAUCAACGUCAAAAAUAUUAAGGCAGUGGAAAAAUUGGAUGAAAGUGCCUUUAACCGCAAAAAUAUGUUUCAAGUGGUCCACUCGGAGAAGCCUCUGUACGUUCAGGCGGGGAACUGCGUGGAAGCCAGCGAGUGGUUGGAGAUCCUGGGCCAGGUCAGUCGCUGCAACGAGGGACGACUGGCCACUUUCCAUCCAUCAAAUUACACCAGUGGAGCCUGGCAGUGCUGCAAAAGCCAGAGUAGCAGCGCUCCAGGCUGCAAGCCGUGUACAGCCACCAUGCUGGAUAACCUCCAGCUAGACAUAGACUGUGACCGGGAAACGGAGAGAAUUUUCUCCCUUCUCUCCUCAAACAGUACCAAGCUCCAGAACAUGGAAGAUGCAUGUGCCAGUAUGGCUGUGUACCAGGGUCCUCAGCGGGAGCAGGAGGAAUACUCAAAGUUCACCAUUCAGGAACCCAAAGAGACCUUUCAGACACUCAAACAGCUUCGAAACAUCAUGGAGGAGCUGCAGAGGCAGCACAACAUCAGGAACGACACCACAGCACAGUACGGCAGCCUUGACAACCCCAUAGUUGGGAAAACAUCUUAACCUGGGCAAGCAGGUGUGGCCUGAAACAGCCAUACCAGGAAGUGUCAUUUCACCACAGAGAACCCGAGUGGUCCUAGAGGACCCUCUGCAGCUGUCCAGCAAAGCAAAGGCCACUGUGUGACCAGGAGAAUGAUAUACACCAUGACCUCCAGACAUAGUUAGUCCACUAUGAACGAACUCGUUUUGUUUUAGCAAUAUGUUGCCUCAUUUAUCGCUCUUGGACUGUGAGUCCCUUUUAAAGAGACUCCUUCUGUGUCUUAAUUUAUGUCCCCCUUUUUGUAUCUACAGCUGUGUGACAGAGGCAUCCUUUGAGUGUGUGAAUAGGCUGCUAUUUUUUUUUUUUUUUUUUUAAUUCACUCAGUUUUGUAUCAGUUGUGAUGAUUCCCCCUCUGUUCUAACACUGUCCCCAGAGGUCAUUAACAAUCAUCAUUCUGGAGGAUCGUCCUCUUUCUGUGUCCCUGAAACCUUUCUCCACUCUUGUAGUGUCCUUCUUCUUUUGAACAAAUGAGCGUGCAUGUGUGUUUGUGUAUGUGUGUGUGCAUAUAAAUAGAAAUAUAUAUGGUCAUUAAUGUAGAUGAAACCAAUCUGCCUUACGUUGAUGGAUGUUUCUUUAACAUUUAAUGCUGAGGAAAUAAUGCAGACGCACUUUAAAUAUUUGGAGCUUUCCAAAUGGAAAUGAUUAGAUACUUGGUAUCAGAUUUCCUCAUUUUGAUCAGUUACAUGAUCUCAAAUACUUUUUUUUUUCUUUUUUUCAUUCAUUCCUGUACAAUAACAUUUAUAGCUUGUAGAUUUUAAAAUAUUUUUCUUGACCAAAGGAAAUCUCUUGGACAUAUGUGUAUAUGUAUUUUGAAUACAAAUGGUUUAAAAUUUAGACAAAUUAAAUAUAUAUAUAUAUGUUCAGUUUGUGUGUACGGUUUUGCUAACAUAUCUUUUACCUUUUAUUGACUUACGGCAAGCAGUUUGCAUGCAUUCAGUUUUGAAACCUGAUCGCACGACUGUGGUGAAGUCGUAUUUUCUUGUGAUUGUGAAUCGUAUUGGUAUGAUGUUCAUCAGAUCUGUGUUAUCUUCAAACAUAACUACAGUGGUCUGUAACAGUCAUCAUGGAGGACUUGCAGUGAAGAAUUAAUCUGAAUGACAAAUCAUCCCUGUCACCACUAAGUCAGCCAGACAAUCACAGCACCUGUUAAGUGCUCCUGGUUGUGCUUUCAUCUUUCACACCAGCAGCACUCUCCAGCUCGUUAGUUUGUUUGUUUUGCAGCUUUAGCUCUUAAUUUGCUCUCUGCAGCUCAGAUUUUAGAGAUAGAACUGGACUUCAUAGGUUUUAAGAAAAAUUAUUUGUAAUCAAAUUAUUGGAGAGCCGUUUGUGGUGACCUGUCAGUUUUGUCCUGAGUGCUUCAGAUGGUUUUCUGCUUGUACUGUUCUAUUCAAAAGCAACCAAAUCCUCAAAUUUGAUGCUGUAACCAGCAAAUUUCUCAAAUUUUAAGUAUUUUUUCCAUCACUGGACCAGAUGGAUCAAUCAUUUUUCACUAGAGAAAAUUGAACAAUCACUUUGAUUCAGUCUUUCUUUUUUUUCCCCCCUUUUAUGCAUUGAAUUUGAACAAUGAAGGAAAAAAAAAACUUGAAUUUGUGUUAACAUGUUGGGCAUCUGAUGCUGAUUAACAGGGUUAGCCACAUUUUUGUGUGUGCAAAUGAGUUGUUUUGUCUUUGAUCUAUCAUAUAAUUCUAACAUGCAUGUUUUAUUUUCAAGGAACUUUCAACUUUUUCCUGAAAAGAAGAUUUAGAUUGUUUUUUUUUUUUUUUUUUUUUUAAAACACUGAUUUAAAGUGUUGCUAUGCUGGUACCUCCCGUGUGCAUGGUCUGCAAUGCUACUUGAAGGUUGCUUUUGUUUCCAUCACUUUUGUGUUCAGUUGAAAAGUUUUCCCUUGUUGAAUCUUUACAUGUGUUAGCCAAGCGAAUGUGUGGCGUCCCGCUGAGCUGCAGCUGGAACUGCCUGUGUUCACAACACGUGAGGAGUAAACGAAUGACCCGACUAAUCAGAGUUACAACUGUAAAACUAUUUACCACUGGAUAAGAAUUUUCACUUGGUCAAGGCUGGAAAAAGAAAAUAAUCUGGACCAAAUUUUAGCCACAAUAUCUGGGUUUUAACUGAUCACUUGUAUUGGAACUUGUUUAAUUUACACAUUAAGUCCAUUUCCUGCUUUAAUAAGGCCAGUAGAUGAUGGUAAACAGGAGAGUAUUUUAAUUUCCACCCACCUACCCAUGAACUUUGCUUGUUCAACUGUAUUUCAUAAGGGAAUUUUCUUUAUUUGUUUCAUCAUUUUGGCCUAAUGUCCUAAAAUAAUAAAGAUCCUCGUCAGAAUGUGGGUGAGAUUCAUGUAGAAACAUAUGCAGCACUCUGACUAUAAACUCGCAGCACUGUAAUAACGCGCCAGUUUCACAUAAUAACUUUACCAAACUAAAAGGAAAAUGUUUAUAUUCGCUUUGAACUGUCAGUAACCGUCGAGGUGUUGGCCAAAGCACACAUGUGAUGCAAGUUUCUCACCUCUUUGUAUUAUUAUGGAAAUGAGAAAAAGGUUCAUGCAAGCAUAAAAAUUGAUUUCAGAGUGACUUUGUUGAACAGCAAUUUAUCAAGAGAGUUAUAAAAAUGCAUACUUGCAAUGGUGAAACAGGCCAUUUCCUUCAGUUCUGUUAUAAAGCAAAAUGUGAGUGUAAAAGACGGUUUCAAGAUUUUAUUAUUUUAAAAACAAAAAAGCUGCUGUCUGUCCUACAAACGGUGAGUAGCUGUAGGUAGAGAUUAUCUGCACAUCUCCAGCCCAGUCUCAGCUUCACUAUGUUGCUUUGUUUUUUUAUUUUGAUGAAACAUUGUAUUUUGCAUUUAUGGUCCAUGCUGUCUGUUCCGAAUAAACACCUUGCUGAUGCA